AGAUUCGGGGGCCGAAGUAUUUCGAAACGAUGACUGACAGGUGCCCCGCCACUGGGCCUGGCUUGAGUUUCGACCAGCCCGAGCCCUAUAAAGCUAAGCCACUUUGCCCCUAGACACGAUUGUCCUUCGCAUUGAUCCAAAAACCUCUAAACUCAUCAGCCUUUACAUAUGAACAACAUUCAGCCUCCGGUCCUAAUCGUAGGUGCUGGGCCAGCGGGUCUAGUAGCAGCGUUGACGCUCGUUCAAAACGGCGUCCGAGUUCGCAUCAUUGAUAAAGAUCCCAAUCCUCGGAUCGGACAGCGUGGUCCCGGAAUCUGGCCACGCUCCCUCGAACUCUUCAACUUCCUGAAUGUCCCAGAAGUUAAUGAUCAGGGGAAACUAACACCUCUCAUCCGUUCGUACAAGCCCGGGACGUUGGAACCUUUGGCCGAAACUUCGGUGGUCCCGCAUAUGGAUCCUACCCCAGCGGUACCAUUCCACCUCACCAAGGUAAUGGGUCAACAGUUCCUAGAUGUGAUUCUGCGACGUCACCUAGAGAAGUUCUCUUGCUCUGUGGAGAUGGGUACCGAACUGCUUUCAUUCGAGCAGUCUGACCAGGGUGUUACUGCUGUUCUCGCAAAGAACGGUAUAUCAGAGACUUUUGAUACGGAGUGGAUGAUUGGUGCUGAUGGUGCUAAAGGCGUCGUGCGCAAACAGCUUGGGCUCACGUUUUUGGGCGAAACCAGAGACGAUGCCUGGAUUGUCACUGGGGAUAUUCGUUUAAAGGGCGUUGGUCUUGAUAGAUAUUGGCACCGAUUUGGAAACUUUCAUGAACGAGGCAUCUCAUUGCGUCCAACGGACGAAGUCGGCGAGGAUGGCUGGCAAUUUUUUCUCUUCGGCCAAAAACUAGACAUGACGAAGAUCGCUCAGAGCGAGGAGCUUCUCUUCCAGACUGUUGCAUCGCUGAUACCCACGGAGGUCACGUUCAACAAGCUGGUUUGGGUGAGCGAGCUGCGAACCAAUAUCCGAAUGGUGAACAAGUUUAGCGAGGGUCGCGUGUUUGUUGCUGGUGAUGCUGCUCACGUACACAGUCCAACCGGUGGUCAGGGACUUAAUUCAAGUGUGCAAGAUGCUUUCAAUCUAGGUUGGAAGCUUGCGCUCGUCGCAAAAGGACUUGCCGACAAGUCUCUCCUCGAAACAUACAACGCCGAGCGUUUCCCUGUCAUCUCGGAGAUGCUCGAUAUGACCACCUCGAUUCUCAACCAUGCAAUGAAGACAGGAGAGAUGACGAGCCGACGAACUCCCAUCCUCUUCAUGCUUGGUGUUAACUGUCGGUCCAGCAGCAUCGUUCUCGACGAGUUUGUAACACAAGUAGAGGGGAAACCUAUCAACGCUUACGGGAUGCUUGACGAGGGGCAUCUCGAGGCUGGGGACAGGGCACCUGAUGCAUCCAACGUGCUGCAGGUGGGACGUGGAGAAUCUAACGUGGACACGCUUUUUGGUCUUUAUAGACCUUGGUAUCACACGGUGCUUGUGUUCGUGCCGAGUCUCGUAGAUGCUACCCCGAUCUUGGGCGCGCUAGAGGCAUUCGACAAAAGCGUGGUGCGAUUGGCAGUCAUUCUGCCUUCAUCGGCACCAGUGACGACCGUCGCAUCUCCCGCUGAUCACGUUUUUGUUGAUCAGGAGAGCUAUGCUCAUUCGGCUUAUCAUGUCGAAGCUAACCAGACCAAGGUGUUCGUGAUACGACCGGACGGUGUGGUUGGGGCAAUCGUUAAUGGUGAAGGAGGUGUGAAGAAGUAUUUCUCGAGAAUAUUUUGCGAAAGUAAUGUAUUGCGUUUGUAACUGAAAUUAUGCGCCGUGUAGUAUGUAUAACAUCUUGAUCUUGCAGGAUGGCGGACGUGGUGUACAGCUGCCCCCACCUGUUCAUGUAGUACUCAUACAUUAUUGUACUGUAGCACAACAAAAAGUCUCAUACACGAAAUAUUGCCAUUACAAGGCCCUAUCCUGGCCCAGUCCUACUAUGAGUCAUACAUCAAGGCCUCCUGGCCCAGUACUAUGAGUCAUACAUUCACC